AUGAGUAAAAAGCCGAAAGCUAUUCUAGCAAUCGACAGUUCUGCGUUCGAAACAUUUGUCAAAUUACAUCUUCCAACAACUGUGGCAGAUGUUAUAAUUUUAACAUUAGGAAUAAAAACAUUUGCUGGUUUUCUUCAAUGUAAUAGUUUAGAGGAACAAUUAUUAUCUUUGUACUACGAUCUUAGUACAGACGAUAAAUCAUAUUGGUAUAUGCAUCAUACAGGAGUACAUACUGUUAAACCAAACUUAUUAAACGAAAUCAAGUUAUUCCGUGAAGCAUGUAACAGUAGUAGUACACAAGGUGACAGUGAACCAAGUGCAUCCGAAUUAAAACGUGCAAAAAGAAAGAACAAUUUUGAUCGUCGUGCAUGUACUGAUCGUGCAAACAACACAAAUGAUGACCUUAAAUUUAAGUAUAGACAAAAACCAACCACGAAUGAAGAUGGGGAUACAGAUUGGUCAUUCAAACAAGAAGAUAUCGUGGAUGAUACAACAUUUGCUGACAAAGUCUUCGAUAAUGAUUUCAUAAUACAUGAAACAACACAUAUAUAUGUUACAACACAACGGAUCCAUCAUUUCUUCCGGAAAAAUAUGGAUAUCAAAGCUGAAGGUAAAAUACUAUCUCGUGGUUUCUAG